AUGGAGAAGCUGCCCAGCCGGAGCACAGUUGGUGGUAAACCUAUUACUACGUUUGUGCAAACGGACACAAAGGCUUUUCGUGAUGUCGUUCAGCGGUUAACAGGCCCAUCCGAGGGUGAUGCAGCAGAAGGAACAGCAGGAGCAACAACAAAGGUUGCAGGCAUGAAGAGAUCAACAUCUAAACUCCAUGAAAGAAGGCAGAACCUAAGGCCCAAGCUAGAGAUAGUGAAGCCCCCUCUUAACUUCAAAACUAGUACACCUCCAACCACAUCGGGUAAUCACAGUCUUCUUUCAAGUCCAGUUGGAACCCCUUCGAUCAUUUUCUCACCUUCCACAAUUUUCUCAAAACUGUCAAUCCUAGAAGAGGAGAGCAGGGCAGACUCAACAAUAUCUGACUUAAAUAACGAGGAAGAAGAGAAAGCCAUCAAAGAGAGGCGAUUUUACCUGCAUCCAUCACCACGGUCUAAACCAGGUUACACUGAACCAGAGCUGCUUACCUUGUUUCCUUUGACAUCCCCCAAAGCAAAUACAAACAUUGAUUUGAAGUUGGAAACAUACCAAAACUGUAGCAGCAACUCAUUCCAUGAUCCUGACCCAGAAGAAGGGAAACAUUGCAUCCAAUCGAUUAGCUUGAAGUGGGUCAUGUUUAACAACUAA